AUGAAGGUACUCACAGCUUGGGUACGUAUCCCGAAUCUAUCAGUCGAAUAUUUCGAUGUUAAUUUCCUUCAUAAAAUUGGCGCUAAAAUUGGGAAGGUCCUCCGUAUUGAUAAGAAUACGGCUCAAGCUCAAAGAGGGCAGUUUACACGACUAAGCGUUGAGAUAGAUCUAACAAAACCUUUAUUAUCCAAAUUUUGGUUAAAAGGAAGAAUUUGGCGUAUCCAGUAUGAAGGGAUCAUAAUGAUUUGUUUUAAAUGUGGGAAAUUGGGUCAUUUAGAAGAUGAUUGUUCUCACUCCAAGGAGAAUGAGAUGAACAGCCCUAUGACCACCACGGGAAACGCCAAUGACGGUUCAUCACUUGGUGUUGCUUCAGUCCAAUUGAUUCAGAGGCCUGAAGAUCAAGAAAACUUUGGGUCUUGGAUGCUUGUGAAAAAACCCGUCCGAAAAAAGCCGGGUCGCCCAGAGAAUCUGCCUGCGCAACCUCCAAAUCAAGCGCGGGUUCAAAGCGGUCCAGCCAAUCAAAAUGACCCUCCGCGCUCGAAAUUGUCUACACCUAAUUUACAGGCGCAAUCUAAGGAACAAGGAUCACGCGUUUCUAUAUUAGAAAAUCAAAUCUUAGUAGAGGAUAUUAAGAACGGUGAAGUAGCCCCCGCUAUUCCAGAUUUAAAUUCAAAUCUUGAAGCGAAUAUGGAAAUAGUGGAAGAACCGUUUCCUGCGGUGAAUUUGGGUGAUUCUCCCCCGCUUAUUCUGGGAAAUAAUAUGUUUCAAUUAGGAAAAGAUAUUCCUAAGAGUGACAAAUUUCCGAAAGUCGAACCGAAAGUUAAUUUAGGCAAGAAAAGACAACCCCAGAAGCAAAAAGAGGCCCUCAAACCGACUAAUCACUCUAUCUCAAAAUCCCCUGCAAGUCACGUUGGCAAGCCCUCUCUCGUAGGAAAAGAAAACCAAGCGCCAUCCCAUGCACUGACCCCUACACCCAAAACCUCUAUCUUGAAAACCAUCUUGGUGCCAUCUGAGGUCUCCCUUAAUGGCAACCCCCUAUUUGAACCUGCAACCAAUCCUGUUGGUGCCAUCUGA